UAGCCCCGGAAGUAGCCUGUAAACUUGAUUGCAAAAUAUUCAAAGGAAUGGAAGCUUUGGGACACCGUAAAAGAGAAAUGUUUGACGCAUUGAGAGAUUGGUGUUGUUGUAAUGGGUUUAUAUUUAUGUACGUAGGCUACUGUUUUUAUUUACGUACUGUCAAUACCUUUGUAAUGAUUUGUGUUUUCGCAAAAAAAAAAAAAAAAAAAAAAGAUUGGCGUUGUUGGAUUGACAUCCCUUUGGAUGAAUGAAAACCCGGCAUCUCUUGGGCGGUUUAAAGAGUCAAGAGAGAAGUUGGCCGCUUCACUAAGAUACAGUGUUGCUGUUUCCUCGGAGUGCACUUGAAGGGCUGAAGAGUUUAGUGGUAUCUGUUUAGAAUAACAUCAUGCUCUCUUCCACGGGAGAUAUAAGAGAGAAACUGCGCAGAAAACGUGAUUUAAGGGAAAAACUGAGAAAGAAACGGCAGGCUUUGCAAGAAUCUCUGGUAAAAGUCAAAGAUGACACACAGGCUCUGGUUCCACCAGAGAGGAGUCAGGACAGAGGACAGACGACCAUGGAGGAGCUGACGGGUGGAGAGGAGGACCCUGGAGAGACACUCAAACGCACCCUAAAGGCCCAGAGGGAGAGACGGAAAAAGAAGCUUCUGGAGGAGUCUGCAGGCGAGCCCAGUCAGGAUACUGUGGAGGAGAUCUCUGACGUCCAGCGCCUCAGUGAGGAUGACCAGCCGGACGAGCUAUCCUUCCUCUCCAGACCCCCCACUGGUGGCCAGAGAGGUCUGCCCCCCCUGCCCCAGGCCCAGCCCCAGGCCCAGUCCCAGGCCCAGUCCCAGGCCACACCCAGCCACUUAGAGACCUCCAUGAGGAUCCGGAUGAAAGAGAAGCUUCUGGCUGCCAGGUCUAAGGCCGAGAGCCUGCUGCAGAAGGAGGCCUCGAUAGAGCCUGUCAGUCGCCUGCAGAGCCUCCGAGACAGAGACGCCCUCACCAGGUUUGACCGAGAGGCUGACCCGGACAGGACCGGGAGAGAGGACUCCUCCUCCCCCCUACACACAAGAGUGAAGUUCUGGGAGGCUGCCAGGCGUGUGAGGCUGGAGACCAGAGCAGAGACGGGUCUACCCACUGCAGAAGAGGCAUACAACUUCUUCACCUUCAACUUUGACCCCGAGCCUCAGGAAGAGACGGAACGCAGCCGGAGAAGGAGAAGGCCCAGGGUAGCUGGCGAGGAGGACGGAGAAGGAGAGGGGGAGGAGGAGGAGGAGGAGGGGGAGGAGGAGGAAGGUGAAGCAGGCGAAGCAGGCGAAGCAGGCGAAGCAGGAAGAGAACAGGAAGAUGAGGAGAACUCUCAGGAGAGGGACGAGGACGCCCCACUGGUGAGAGAGGAGGAGGACCUCUUCAUCAUCGACCAAUCAGCUCAGGACUUCCUGGUGGUGAAGAAGGCGGAGUAUGUGGGCUACUGGCACCGUCUCCAGCGGGAAAAAGAGCUGCUGUUCGUGCCGAGCAUGAGGACAGCCCCGGCCGCCUGCAAGCUGGCGGAGAAUAUGCGUCCUCGCUUCCUGGAGGAGGAGGGGCUGUACGUGGGGGAGAGGCCACCUGUAUGCCUGACCAAUCAGAACAUCCUGGAGAACCGUAUCCUGAAGCAGGAGCAGGGCAGGAAGUGGUUUGGGGAUGACGGCAGGAUCAUGGCCCUGCCCGACCCCAUCAAGGAGUCGUCCACCAGACCCCCCCUGUUCCACCUGGAGGACGACCUGGACCCCGCCCUGCAGACGUUCUACAGGAAGGCUCUGCUCUCCAGCCCGGCCAGCCUGUACCUGACUGGGCCCAGGGACACGGAGGGAGACUACCAGCUGGAUGUGGACGUGUCGGGCCUCGUCUUCUCCCAUCACCCCCUCUUCAGCCGCGAGCACGUCCUGGCAGCGCGCCUGGCCCAGCUGUACGACCAGCACCUCACCAGGCAGCACAACAACCUCACCGGACACCUCACUGUCAAGCUGAGUGGUCUGAGGAAUGCCCUGAGGACCAUGCUGGAGACCCAUCGAGGACACAGCCUCAGCCCCGUCAUGCAGCACAGGAUAUCCGAAUACAUACAGGAAGUCAGGAGCACCCGGCGUCUGAGGGACAGCGAGCAGGAGAAGGACCGCACGCUGCUGAAGAGCAUCAUCAAGUCCUGGAAGGAGAUCAAAGCUCUGAGGGACUUCCAGAGGUUCACCAACACGCCCUUCAAGCUCUAUCUCAGGAGGGAGGAGGUGGAGCGGCAGGAGGACGAGCAGGGGGCUGAGGAGGAGAUCCAGAUGGAGGCGAUGGAGCUGCGGGCGGAGGCCGAGGAGGACUACCAGCGGAAGGCGGCCGACUUCAGGAGGCGGCAGGACGAGUGGAAGGACUGGAGGAGGAAGCAGAGAGCCAAGAAGAAGAAGAAGAAGAAGAAGAAGAAAAAGAGGAGGGGCCAGGAGGAGGGAGAGGAGGAGGAUGAAGACGACGAUGAAGACGACGACCAGGAUGAAGGUGGCGGGGACCUGGGGGAGGGGCCCGCCAAGCCCCGCCCCCCGGAUGUUCCAGACCUGGGCUCCGUGGAGCAGGAGGUCCGGGAGAGAGCGUCCAGGAUCCGCAGGAAACCAGGAGAUCCCAUCCUGGUCCCGGAGCUCACCACAUCAGGGAACAUCACCACCAACGACCAGUGUCCCAGGGCCGAGUCUUCACGGAGAGAGGACGUGGCCAAGCGGUCUCUCUUCAUCAAGGUCUUGUACAACGACAAAGAAGUCUCCAGAACAGACAGUCGCUCCCUCACCUCGGACUUCCGAGUGCACUUUGGUCAGAUCUUCAACCUGAAGAUCAUCAACUGGCCUGAGAGCAUCAAACUGCAGGUGUUUGAGGCGGCGGGCUCGUCGUCCUCUCUCCUGGCCGAGGUGUGUGUGCCGGCCCCCGAGCCCUCCACCCUGACAGACAGCGCCCCCACCGAGCAGCUGGAGUUCAGCAGCAACCUCAGGGUCAUGUUUGACCACGAGGGCGUGGGCAGUGACGUGCCUUUCUCCUUCGAGGUGGACGGCAGUAACCGUCUGACCCUGCUGACCUCUGGGAAGCUGUCCUGCUGUGUGUCCUGGGCCCUGGGGGAGGACGGCCUGCCCCUGGCCCCGCCCACUGCCCAGCGCCCCAGCGCCAUGCACAGUGGUCUGAAGCAGCUGGAUGCGGUAGCCUGCAUCGGCGCGUCCGGUCUGAGCGACGUGAGGAAGCUGGGCGAGUGGGCCACUGAGUCUCGCCUAGACCCCAACGACCCCAACAACGCCGCCAUCAUGCAGCUGCUCAAGGUGGCCAGUAGUGGCGAGGUGAGGGCGCCAGAGUACUUCCGACUGGAGCAGCUGCAGGAGGAGUUCACCUUCCUGUCGGAGGAGGAAAUGGAGCGCUCCCGCAGGUUCCGCCUGCUCCGCCUGCGGAGUCAGGAAGUGGCAGAGUUCCGCAACUACAAGUGUGUUCCUGCCUUGGAGCGCGAGGUCACGGAGAAGGUGUUCCAGGAGUAUGAGAGAAGGCUGAAGGAGGGGGAGGUCAUCGACACCAAGGAGCACCUGGACGCACACAGGGCCCUGGUGGCCAAGUACCUGCAGAAGAUCAGAGAGUCGGUCAUCAACCGUUUCCUUGUUGCUAAGCAUCACUUCCUCUUGUCGGACCUGGUUGUCGAGGAGGAGGUUCCAAGCAUCGGGGUGCUGGGCCUGAACCUGUUCAAGCUGGCCGAGCCCAAGCGGCCCCUGAAGCCCCAGAGGAAGGAGAGGAAGAAGGUGACGGCCCAGAACCUCUCUGACGGGGACAUCAAGCUGCUGCUCAACAUCAUCCGUGCCUACGACAUCCCCGUACGCAAGCCCCAGACCAGCAAACCGGCCGUGGCGUCCAAGUCGUCUCGCUCCUUCACAGAGGCCUUCUCCGCAGGCCCGGCUUCCCAGAGUGCCGCGCAGGCCAGCGACUGGCUGCUCAACCAGGUCCAGGUGCGGCCCUUUGUGGAGGUGUCGUUCCAGAGGACGCUCCUCCAGACCACCACGGCCGACGGACCCAACCCCUGCUGGAACGAGGAGCUGGCCCUGCCCUUCAGUGCCCCCAACGGAGACUACAGCACCGCCAGCCUGCAGGCCGUGAAGGACGAGGUCUUCAUCAACAUCUUCGACGAGGUCGUCUACGAGGUGGGAGGGGAGGAGCUGGACCGGGGCAGGGAGCUCCACACUCGCCUGGAGAAACACUGGCUGGGAGCCGUCAGGAUCCCCUUCAGCACCAUCUACUUCCAGUCCAGGAUCGACGGCACGUUCAAGGUGGACACGCCUGCGGUGUUGCUAGGCUACAGCAAGGAGCGCAGCCUGGGCAGCGAGGGGGGUUACGACGCGGUGCGCAGCCUGAGUGAGGGAGCCUUCAUCACCCUGUUCAUCACCAUAGAACCCCAGCUGGUGCCUGGGGAAACAGUCAGGGACAAGUUUGACUCCCAGGAGAACGAGCGGGUGCUGCAGGCGUCGGAGGCGUUUGAGUGCGAGGCGGCGCUGGGCCUCCCGGACCGGCCGUGCCUCACCACCGUCAUCGACAUCAACGGGAAGACGGUGUUCAUCACGCGCUUCCUGCGCCCCCUCAACCCCCCCCAGGAGCUGCUGGACGCCUCCCCCAACAGCCCCCAGGACACGGCGGAGCUGGUUGCCAGGUUUGUGUCUCUCAUCCCCUCUCUGCCGGACAGCGUCUCGUUCGCUGGUGUCUGCGAUCUGUGGAGCACCUGCGAUCAAUUCCUGACGCUGCUGGCGGGAGAUGAGGAGGAGCACGCCGUGCUGCUGUGUAACUACUUCCUGUCCCUGGGCAAGAAGACCUGGCUCAUCAUUGGCACGGCUGUUCCUGAGGGCCCCACAGCCUACGUGUUGACCUACGAGCAGAGUCGCUACCUGGUGUGGAACCCCUGCAGUGGUCAGUUCUACGGCCAGUACGACACCUUCUGCCCCCUGCAGGCCGUGGGCUGUCUGGUCAGCGCUGACAAUGUGUGGUUCAACACCCAGGUGUACACGUCUCCUAUGAGGAUCAGCUUUGACGUGACCAAGGCCAAGCUGUGGAAGCCUUUCUUCUCACGCUCCUUCCCCAACCCUGGGCUCUCCAGUGUGCAGCCUGAGGAGCUGGUCUAUCGCCGCACGGACAAGACCGCUGCUGCAGAGCUGCAGGACAGGGUAGAGAAGAUCCUGAAGGAGAAGAUCAUGGAGUGGCGCCCCCGGCAGCCGACACGCUGGAACCGGUACUGCACCUCCACGCUGCGCCACUUCCUGCCCCGUCUGGAGCUCAGCAGGGGGCGGGACGUGGCGGACGAGCACCGCCUGGAGCUGCAGAGCCUGCUGGGAGACUACCGGAUCUCGGGCUUUCCCCUCCACCUGCCCUUCUCUGAGAUCCGGCCUGUGGUGGAGGCGGUCUACAGCACGGGGGUCCACAAUGUGGAGGCGUCCAACGUGGAGUUUGCCCUGGCCGUGUACGUGCACCCCUACCCCAACAAUGUCCUCUCUGUCUGGGUGUACUUGGCCUCGCUCGUACGCACACGCUAGCCCGGCGGACCUGGACAGGCAGACCCUGUAUAUGUGUGUAGGGCGAGUGUGUGUGUGUGUGUGGGGCGAGUGUGUGUGUAUAGGGCAAGUGUGUGUGUAUGGUGAGUGUGUGUAACUUCCUGUUUUUAAGGAAUAUCAGAUUUUGUAUGUUGACGUUUGUGAAGCACAAUUCAGGUUUAAGUUAUUUGUACGUCAGUUUAAUACGAGAGGGUAAGCAUAAACACUGAGCCUUUUUAUCACUUGUAUGUCUGCGUUUUACCAAAGUUCACGCUCGGCUUGAAAUGCCAGAAUACAGCACUGUAAAUGUUUAUGGAACUAUUAUAGUGUCAUUUUACAACAUUUAAUAUAUCAUUUUACAUCAUGAACCUUUUAUGUAAUAAAAUGAGUCGUUUCAUUUCAGAUGACAUCUUGCUGAUAUGGUAGCCAUUCCCUUCUCCUCAGUAGCAGACAGGACACACACACAAGGUCACAGACAGCAUUUUAGAUCCAAGACACUUUUAUUAUUUCUGCUUCCGAAUAUGACAUAACUGAUUAGAAGUCAUGGAGAGACUGUCCAAGCACAGCGUUUCUCCUGAAGGUAAACGUGGGGUGCCGAGUGUGUGUUGUGCGUUUGUGUUGUGCUGGGUUAUUACCACAGCUGCUCUCUAGGGGGUUGCUCUCACCCAGUCUCUCCUCACUUCUGACACAUUGACUUCCUGUCAGGCGAGACCUACUGAGAAAUCGCCUUCCUGUCUGGAGAGUUCUAGUGAGAAUGUGGACUUAUCCCCAGGGUGUUGAGGCACAGUGAUCAGAUUCACCUGGAGGUUUCCUGCUCAGAUGAGAACCCUGUGGAUGACUGGAGGGUGAGGUCCCACACACCUAGCUCCUAACCCUCUACUCCAUACCCGUCAGCUCACUCCUACCCCCACUCACUGUGUCACCAUGCUUUUACUUGACUCAGACACAAGCUCCGUAACUUGGCCGGGUCAUUUGACCCCACCCUGCAGUUACCAGGGUUACCACGUUGAGCCCUGACACAACAGAGGAGGUUUGUUUAAAUGGAAACUUGAGCGUUGAACGUAGCUGCGCACUGGCUUGAACAGAACCACCAUGUUGACAGAACGAGACAUGUUCAUAAAUACCUGAACAUACAUGUGGAAAGCACUCUGCAGAAUUACAGAAUUAUUAUCUAUAUGUAUUAUGUGCCGGGAGAAAUUAGGAACCACAACACCACCAAAGAUGUCCUGAUCUAUUGCUGCUACUUUUAAUCAGUGAAUCAGUUCAACUCUAAACGUCAGAUAUCAAUAAUGGGUUCAGACACCGUAGCAGAGGAGGACAGGAGACUGUUGUUACCAGACACAAGGUUAAACUCACUAAAGGAUUGUGUGAGGACUUGCUGCUCACGUUAGCUGUCCUGAAACACUUCCAAAAACAUUUCCAGAUCAAAAAAACGCUAACAAUUUACAUUGGCAGAUACUUCAUCAAACACCACCAUUUAUAUAUCUUCCUUUUCUAAGGGUUCCAAGAUACGCAAAUUCCCAGAAACACAAAGCCAACAUUAUUUUGUGUUACAGUUUCCUCAAAAUAACAGUUUUUAUAGGGGUGACACAAAAUACAGCAAAUACUAUUCCAAUAUUAAAGUGCAAUGAAAAACAAUGGUGAGGGAUGAAGGAAGGCAGAGGGAUGAGGGAGGGAGUGGGUGAGGGAGGGAGUGGGUGAGGGAGGGAGUGGGUGAG